CCCCUCCCCGCCUGCAGCCGCCUCCGGGCGCUGUUUGCUCCCAGUUCCCUCCCAGUGCUCCCAGUAAGAGCGAUACUGGGAGGGAAAGCGCUCCCAAUUCCUUCCCGCUGCUCCCAGCAUCGCUCCCAGUUGCUCCCGGGAUCGCUCCCAGCGCCGCGCGGGGCGGGGCCGCUUUGGAAGCCGCCCAGGGCAGAGCGCGGCUGCUUUUGCGUGUCGGCACCGCCCGGGCCGGGCUGGGAGGGGAGGAAGAGUGGGAGGAAGAGGAGGGAGAGAGGAAGAGGAAGAGGAGCAGCAGGAGGAAGAGGAGCAGCAGCAGCAGCAGCACGCGGUUCCGCUGCCGGCUGAGGCCGCAGCUCCCCCGGCUCCGGCUCCAUCGCCCACCCGGAACCCGCAGGAAUUCCCAUUCCUAAACCUUGGCCGAAUGGAUGAGGAUGCCGAGAGGAAGAUGGGCCAGGAGCCCCAGGCAGACAAUGAGCUGAGCACGGAGACCAGGGAGGAGAAAUCCCUGCAGCAGAUCCUCGUGGAAGAGGCGCAGGAAUCCAGCAGGAAGGAAAAGCCCUGGAGAUCCCGCAUUAGGAUGGGCUGCAAACACGAAUCACAGGGAUCUGAGGAAGAAAGAUCCGCCCUGGGCCAGGAAGAUGACCAGAACUCAGAGCUGGGGGUUCCUGAUCAGCUUCAUGAUGGAGUGAAGCCCCACAAGUGCUCAGAAUGUGAGAAGAGCUUCAGGUGGAGAUCCUCCCUUAUCCGACACUCAAGAAUCCACACAGAGAAAUGGCUCUAUGAGUGUGGGCAGUGUGGGAAGAGCUUCAGUUCGAGCUCCAGCCUGAUCCGCCACCAGAGGAACCACGCCGGGGAGAGCCUUUAUGAGUGUGACCAAUGCAAGAAGAGGUUUCCCACCAGCUCCCAUCUCCUCGUUCACCAGCGGAUUCACACGGAUGAGAGACCCUUCCGCUGCCCUGACUGCGGGAUGUGUUUCAAGCACAACUCAUCCCUCAUCAACCACCGGCGCAUCCACACUGGGGAGAGGCCCUAUGAGUGUCCCGAGUGUGGGAUGAGCUUCUCACAGAGCUCCACCCUGGUUACCCACCAGAGGAGCCACACGGGGGAACGGCCCUACGAGUGUGGGGAGUGUGGGAAGAGCUUCAGCCGGAGCUCCACCCUGAUUGCCCACCAGAGGAACCACACCGGGGAGGGGCUCUACGAGUGUGGUCAGUGUAGGAAGCGCUUCAGCCGGAGCUGCCACCUGAUCCGCCACCAGAUGAUCCACACUGGGGAGAGGCCCUAUGAGUGUGAUCAAUGCAAGAAGAGGUUUCCCACCAGCUCCCGUCUCCUCGUUCACCAGCGGAUUCACACGGAUGAGAGGCCUUUCCGCUGCCCCGACUGCGGGAAGGGCUUUAGGGACAACGGCACACUCAUCAGCCACCAGCGCAUCCACACCGGGGAGAGACCCUUCAAGUGUUCCGAGUGUGGCAAGAGCUUCACCCACAGCUCUACCUUGACUCAACACCUACGCACGCACAACUAAGGGAAGCCCUGUGAGUGCCCUGAGUGCAGGAAGAGCUUUGUGCACUGCUCCAGCUCCAUCUUUCAUGGAAGGAUCCAUGCUGGGUGAUUCCCAGUGACCCCCAGUGGGCACAGCCCCGGUGAUCCGUGGUGCUGGUUAUCCGUGUUGGGAAGACACCUGGCUGGGGUUCUCCACAUCCUCCUGGCUCCCCAUGGCCUGGAUUUCCUUUUCAUUUCUCUUUGUCCUUUCAAAACACCCAAAACUGGAGUAAAAACAAAGACAAUGAACUAGGACAAGGAUGGGGACAUGGGGGGAUCUUCCAUGGGAUGUGGGGGAUGCUGGAUGCCAGGGAGUUUAGGGUUCCUGGCAGGGCUCAGGCCUUUGGGCUCCCCAGGCCGAGUGGCUCCAGCUGCUCUGGGAGACCCUGGCGCAGGUUCCAGGGCAGCUGAUCAAGGACCCCCUGCCCUGGAACUGUCCUCAUGUCCCCCUGUCCCGGUUCCCAGUGUCCCCUGUCCAGGUUCCCCUCUCCCCGCUGUUACUUGCAUUGCCCCCUGCUCUUUCCCGUGUCACCCCACUCCUGGUCUCAUCCUGCUCCCAUCCCAGUCUGGAUCUCAUUCCUGGUCUCAUUCCCUGUAGCUGUCCUGUAUUCUCUGGCUGGCUACCAUUCCCAUAUUCCCAGUCACAAUUCCCUGCCGUGUUCUCAUACUCCUGGUCCUGCUGCAAGUCCUGCAUUUCCAUUUUUUCAUUCCCUGUCCCAUUCCCAUAUUCCUGAUCCCAGUCCCAUUGCUGUGUUCCCAUUUCUGAUUCCUGUCACACCUUCCUAAUCCCCAUCCCAUAUUCUCUCUCCAAUUGCUGUUUCCAUGUUCCCUGUCUCAUUGCCAUAUUCCAUCCCCAGUCUCAUUUCAGGAUCCUCUCCCGUAUUCCCUGUCCCUCUCCUGUAUUCCCUGUCCCAUUCCCAGUCACUGUCUCCAUUCCCCAUUCCGCUCCUGGUCCCAGUCCCAUAUUCCCUGUCCUGUUCUUGGUCCCUGUCCCCAUUCCAACUAUCAUUCCCAGUCCCUGUCUCAUAUUUCCAGUCCUGUUCUCAGUCCCCAUCCCCAUUACUAAUUCUUGUCCCCAUCCCUGGUGCCAUUCCCGGUGCCAUUCCUGGUCCCAGUCCUGUAUUACCUGUUGGAUUUCCAGUCCCUGUAUCGUAUUCCCUGUCCCUUUCCCAGUCCCAGUCUGGUAUUUUAGGUCCCCUUCUUGGUCCCUGUCCCCAUUCCCAUUAUCAUUCCAAAUUGCUGUCUCUUAUUUCCAAUCCUGUAUUCCCUGUCUCUGUCCCCAUUCCCAGUUACAUUCCGGUGCCAUUCCUGGUCCCUCUCCCCAUUCCUGGUCCCAUUCCCAGUUCCAUUCUGGUAUAGCUGGCCCAAUUCUUAGUACCUGUCCCCAUUCCUAGUAUUAUUCCCAGUCCCUGUCUCUUAUUUCCAGUCCCAUUCCCGGUCCCAUUCCCAUAUUCCAUGGCCCUGUCCCCACUCCCAGACUCAGUCCCAUAUUCCCGGUCCCUGUCCCCAUUCCUAGACACAUUCCCCGUCCCAGUCCCGUAUUCUUAGUCCCUGUCCCAAUUCUCUUUCCCAGUCCCGUAUUCCUGGUUCCAUUCAUGGUCCCUGCCCUCAUUCCCAGUAUCAUUCUCACUACUUGUCUUGUAUUUCCAGCCCAUUUCUGAUCCCUGUCCCAAUUUCUGAUCCCUGUCCCCAUUUCUGGUCCCUGUCCCCAUUCCCAAACCCUUUCCCUAUUCCCUGUCCCAUUCCCGGUCCCUGUCCCUAGUUCCCAGUGCUGUACCCCAGGGCCACCUCUCGCAUGGGGCCCUGAGGGCUCCACAUCUCGGGCUGGCGGUGGCACACGAACCGUUCAGCCCCGCUGCUGUCCUUGGCCAGCUGCAGAGAGCACAAGGCUUUGGCCAUUCCUCAGAGGCCCCCAGCUGGCCAGAGCAGCCCCUCCUGCCAGCACCCGCUGUGGCUCAUGUUAUGAAUGGGCCAGGAGACCAGCUCCAGAGUGAUUUCAGCCUUUGUUAAAAGAACAGCCUGGGAAGAGGAGGCCCAGCGCACCAUGCUGCUGCUCCAGUGGCGACUCGGAGGAGGAGGCAAUCAGCUCCAUCUCUGUAUGGCGGAUCUCGGUCUUCUCGCCUCACAAGAGUCUCCAGGAAGACACUUGCUGGCUCUUGGUCCAGGGGUGUCAUGCUGAUCAAGUGCAGUUCAGGUCAUGGCAACAAGGCGAAAAGCUUUGGUUGGUGGUCUGAUGUUCUUUACUGUUUUCUUCACCUAAAGGUGUUGUUUAGAUCUUUAUUGGUACUAGGGCUCAUUGGUUUUAGAGGUUUUUGUCUGCCCAUUUAGCUUCUGCCAGAUACUAGGCCUUAUGGGAGUCUUACGUUUGCAUCUGCCAUCAUGGGUACAAAGGGAGCAGCAGGGCGAUACUCGAUGGUGAGGCAGGAUACGAGCUAGGAACUAAUUAACGUACAUAACUUAUGAGACAUUUACAGAACAUUCUGACAAACAACUGUGUAACUUAACAUUGAAAUGGGUAAUUAACCUUUAGAAACUUUAUUUUCUACAAUUUCCCCCUCUAAUUCUUUGAUCGGGCUCCAGCCUUGCAUCAGUGUGCAGUUUCUGACUCUCGGAAAUAGUGUUUUCUCAAUUUUUGGUACCGAUCAUAAACCUUUUUGGCGUUUUUGUGUUCUUGUUCUUGGCUCUCUACCUUCAUAAUUCUAGUUUGUCUCUGAUUGGUCAUUUCUGGGAUUUGUAUACGCGCUUGGAUUGUGGAAGUUACUACUCGAACCAGGCAAGGGAGCAGGCAGGGUAGAAACAGUAAACUUGUUAAUGCACAAGCUAUAAUAAAAGCCGCUUUUUUCCACCAACUAGUAUCUACUAGGGGAGUCCACUCCUGGGUACUGACAUAUGUUACCUUGCAUAUCCUCUUUGGAGAUGUUUUUGAUCACUUUGCUUCUGUCAUUGAUCUCUAAGCAGCAGUCCGAGGAAAUAAAUUUGCCACAUAUUCCUCCUUCAUCAGCUAGUAAAUAAUCUACAGCAAGCUGAAUUUGAGAGAUUGCUGCUCUGGUCUGGGUUAAUUGGUUACUCAUGUCAUCAAGGGUGAGGGCUGUUUUGGUGGAAAAAAUUUCUAGUACUGCUUGGAGUUGGAUAAUUCUAUUGAGCAUAUAAAUCGGGGUGCAGUAUCCCUAAGACCCAUCUUGGGCCCAAGUGGCUGGCCCAUAAGUUUUAAUUCUUUUUUCUGGGGUCCAGAUUUUGCCUUUCUAUUUCUGGGUACUCCCCAUGUCAAUUAUAUUUCUUCUCUUUUGGUUGGUUUUUCUUAAAUCAUCAUGUAGUGGAACUCCCAGAUUUGACCCUGAUUCUUUUGGGAGUAGGAAGAAGGCGGGUUUAAUGAUUGCUAUGGUGCAACUCCCUGCCCCAUCUCCUGGGAGUUUGGUGUAUGCUGUGCUUCUACAAAUCCAAAACAAAUUGGGGCUUCCCAAAAUGCAUCUUUUAUUUCUGAGGGAUAUUGUCCAGUAUUUGGACAAUUUUCUUAUUCCCCAGAAAGGGUUUAUCCCUUUUUCAGUGCAUUCAUGCAGCCUGUACCCCUCGUGGUAAAUGCACCCUUUUUCGUUCUUCCCAAUGGACCAGUAUCGAUUUGGCUCUUGGGGAAUCCACUGUUGGUUUCUUUUCCAAGAUUCAGGUGGUUUUAGAGUCUCUUUGCCUUCUGCAAAGCCCCAAGCCGGACACAACAAAGAGACGGAGUCUUCAGGUUCUGAUUUUUCAAAGUUGCAUGCUCUGUUUAUUGUUUCUUAUCUUACAGUUUUCUCAGUGCCCAACUAAGGUCUGUGCAGCUGCUCGGGCAUCUGACGACUCCUCCCCACUGGGCUGCGGCAUUAUCUUUUAUACUAAUUAUUACGUGUUCUUUAUUUAGCCAAUACCUAUCACUUAUACUAAAAGGGUCAUCCCUGCUUUGACCCAAUCUCCUUAAACUACUUUGUGCCACCAUCACUGCAGAAAAUGGAGUGAGGGAAGAAGAAAGAAGAAGCAGGAGACAACGCCCAAAACCCUCCAUCUUGCUCCCAUCCACUUCCAUACUAAAACCCCAAACCUACUGUUUUUUCACCCUGUGAUAAGGUAAACCACUAUCUUUCACGCUCUUGUGGCUUGCAAUCCUUUCUGCAGUGCAGGAAGCCUCUCCCAUGGACUGGAAUCAAAGCCAAUGUCCCUCUGGGCUCUGUUCCAGGGUCCCAGACCCACUGUCCAGGUCUCUGACCUUCCAGGGCAGCCAAAGGAAUGCCCUGGACUCCAACAAUCCACCUAGUGCUUAAAUCUUUUGUUAUUAAAUAGUUUUUACAGGCCAUUUUUCCUACUAGGGUCUUACACCUUUUCCUUGUCUUCAUAGUACAUUCUUCACCAAUACCUUUGACUUUAAGUCCCAUUCCUCUUUCCUUCUUUGCCCUUUGAUUUGAGGUUCUUGUUCUACUUGUUUCCAUUUCAAACUCUCUAGUGGUCUUAGACUAAUCCCUUCCCAAGGUUAAAUUUCUGUCAUUUGGGUAUAUCAUGAGUUAGCACAAUUUUGUUUUCUAGAUAUAGAGAAAUGUAAAAUGUUUUGCCCUGACCGUAGCGUGGGUUGGGGGGGAAGGACAAGGACCUAUCAAAAAGCAGGCUGGGAUAUUGACAGCUGAGUUGACCGAUGAGAAUUGUCAGUGCGACUUUGGAAGGAACAUUUAAAACUGAUCUGCUGCUGACCGCCCACUCUCUCGCUUUAGGAUCAGCAAUGAGGUAACAUCGGAGGCGGCGGGCGGCCUCGGGUCGGGCCUUGCUGCCCUUUUGGGCACCAGGCCGGGCCUGGCCGGGGGUCAGAGGGCCGCUGCCCGCACAGAGAGAGCCUGAGCCGGCUGAGCCCCUUUCCCUCGCUUGCUGGCAGGGGAGAGGGGCAGCUGCAUCUGGGCAGUGCGGGGCCAUGUGCUCACACCACGGCAGAAGGGACCAAAACAUGGCCCAUCUUAAUCACCGCUGGCAGCAGAGAAAGCAAGCCUGCAGCUCCGUAACAACUUUGAGCUGGACCGCCCUAGAUGAGACCGAGGGGUGGAAAAAAGGACCUUUACCAGCUUCCUUUAUCAGCAUUUGCAUUUUUUCUUCAGCCCUGCAGCCCGGCGUGUGCACGUGGCCUUUGCAAGCCCAGGCAAAUUUAACCCUUUCUUAGCAACACAGAACUUUUAAAGCACAAUUCUUCCUUGAGAGAAAGAAGAAAAACACCAGAAGGUACAUGGAACAGACUGCAUGAAGUCAGUUAGAAGAGAAGUGAAAGAACUAAUAAUAUUGGAGUAAGAUUGAAGAAGUGGACAUUUUUAACCGGACUUUUCUAAGGUAAAUUAUGAAGAAAUGAACUGUUCUUUGCAGCAUCUUAGUAUUAUUUGGGUGGAAUGCUAUUCUAAUCAAAAUUAAGGACUGGUGUAAUAGAGAUUUAUUUGGGAACUGUGAAACCCCCGCUCCUAGGUCAAAAAAGAGGUCUCAGUCUUUUGAGACAAAGAUCAUUUUAGAUCAGAAAUAGUAUUUGUAAAUAAUACCCCAGAUACACUGAGAAGCUCUGUGGAUAGAACAUCACAGUCUGCAAAAACUCCGGGCAGCAGCAGCAGGUGUAACAAUGAGAGCACUGGACUAUUUUGUCUUGUAGCAAAUGUCUUCAUAAAAAGAUCUUAGAAGGACUCUUCUCCUAGAGUAAUGAGUAGUUACGUCUAAGUGGUGAAAUUGACUAAAAAUCCUAAGUUGUAUCUAUGUUGUUCAAUGAGAAAGUUAAUAGUUUGGAAGAGGAAAGAAGCAUGUUUUAAGGUAUCAUUCCGUUUUAGUUGAAGUCUGUCGGGGGCCUUCCCCAACAUUCAGGUGGUUUCAGGGUCCUUUGCUCCCCUGCACAGCUCUGAGCCAAGCUGAAGGAAGAGACGGAGUUCUCAGGUUUAGAUUUUUCAAUGUUCCAUACUUUGUUUAUUUUUUCUUAUCUUACAAUUUUCUUGGAGUCCGACAAAAUGUUCGCAGCUGCAUGGAUUCCUCACGUCUCCCCCCGAGCUGGGUUGUCCUUAUCUUUUAUGCUAAUUACUACAUAUUUCUUGUUUACUAUUUCUUACCAAUGUCUAUUGUUAUUACUAAAAAGGUCAUCUUUACUUUGACCCAAUCCUCACUAACUACUUUGUGCCACAUCAAUGCAGCAAUGGAGUGAGGGAAGGAGAAGGAGAAGAAGAAGGAGACAACGCCCCAGAUUCUCCAUCUUGUCCCCAUUCACUUCAAUGCUAGGAACCUAAAACUACUAUUUUCUCAUUCUGUGAUAAGCUAAACUACUAUUUUUCACAUUCUUGUGGCCUGUAAACCUUCUCUCAGUGUAGGAAGUUUUUCCCAUGGACUGAAAUCAAAGCCAGUGUCUCUCUCAGUUCUGGGCUGGGGUCCCAGACCCCCCUGCCCAGGUCCCUGACCCUCCAGGGCAACCAAAGGAAUGCCCUGGACUCCCAACACACAAACACCAGGGGUUUAUGUCCAAAAAGGAGACAGAAGAGUCAUUUUACUUUAUUUGAAUAAAUGGAGAAGCCAUGGGGCAUUUCCCCUGGGGUCUCUCAGUUUUUCUGAGGAUGCAGCCUCCUCUUUAUCCUAAUUUCUCAGCUGCAUUUCCCUCUCUCUUUCCCAAUUACCUGAGGUACUUGAGAGGCACAGACUUCCCAAAAUGCUUAUGACCUAAAAUUCCCCUUUUAAUGGAUACCCGCCUAAUUUUUAUUUCUUAUUGGAUUUAUGGGUUUUUCCCCAUUGUUCCUUUCAUCUUUCAAUAUUCAAUUUCAUUUACAAACAAACUUAUGGUUUGUUUGUAAAGGCAAAUAUCUUCUUUUCCAUUCAUCAAUCAACAGAAUCCUUCCUAUUGUUUCUCUUAUCUCUCAGUGCUGGUUUUAUCUACCAGCAGACCCAGGGCUUGUUUGUAAAGACAAAUCUUGUCAUUCCUCUCACUGCCUUCAGGGGAUAUUGGAUAUUGUUUAACCUGGAUGGGAGGUGUAUCUUUUUGCAUUUCUGCCUGUAUUGGUGGAAUGUCUAGAUAAACACAUUUUCCUUCUUCUGCCCACACUUCUGGAUUUAUCUCUUCUAUGUCCCCUUGAGUUAGCCUCAUAAUUGGGGCUAUCAUCUUCCCAUUUCUCGGCAAGAUUCCCACCCCACCCCUAGACCUGUAGGUCUCUUCCUAAUAGGUUACUUUCUAAAUUGAGUAGAUAGAUAAAGUCAGCAAAGCAUUGUCUUCAGUUCCCUCUUAUUUCGACAUUCGCAACUAUUGAGGCUUUGAAUGGUUUUCCUUUUGCUCCUAACACCUGGCAGACCUUUCUCCCAAUGGUGACUCCUGCUGAGAGUUUUCUUAUGCUAGAUCAAUCUGCUCCUGUAUCGACUAGAAACUCAAAUUCUUCAUUUUGGGGACCCACUUCAAAAUUUACCAGGGGCUCCUCUUGAUCACUCACUGGGUCCCCUAGUGUGUAAAGCCCGUGACACCCCUAAUCAUCACCCCUUAAAAUCUUCUCUAGGGUCUCCUGUUCUUGAGCAAUCACUUCAUCAAACAAAAGUUUUUUACAAGUUCUCAGAUGUCCUACCUCUCCCCAGUAAUAACACUUUCUGUUGUCUAGUGGUAUUCCAGGUUUCCUGGUAUUAUUACUGUCUUUAUUGGCCCUGGGUGACCCAGAUCUACCCUUAUGUUCUCUGACUGGGAGCCUUGGUGUUGGGGGUGAGGUUUGGGUUUUUUUUCCCAUAGAAUUCCCGCACCCCCCCCAUGAGUUGCUAAGAGACUAAAUACUGAUGCUUAGAGGAUGAUUGACCCAUACAAAAAGAGUGGCCAAGGGUGGGGGAAGAUCACUUAAGUUUGGGGGAGGGAAAAGCACAGUGCUCCGGGAGCUGAGUGUGCUUUCUCCUGCUCUCGGCAUUGGGCAUCGGAGAGACACGGUCAGGCUGCUGUUUGCUGCGUGAAGAGUCCACUGUUACCAGAGGGUCUGGUCCCAGGAAUUCUACCACCAUCCAUCAUCUGCUGGAGUGCCCAGGAAUUCGGAGCCCCUUCGCCUGCCCCGCUGGAGCUGGGCCGGCCGCGUCCAGCCACCGCGGCUUCUUCAGCACUGCUCACUUUGCCAGGACACCCCCUUUCUGCCUGCCGGGACACACGCCCCUUUUGCCUGCAGGUGACAACCUGCCAUUUCCAGCCAUCAGCCCCGGAGUGUCCCACCGUUCCAGCCUGGUGCUCUUGGGGAGGGGCCCAAGAGAUCAGACUGCCCCAGGCUUGUGAAACAAAGCCCCUUGAGGUUCUUGGUUCUGUUUAUUAUUAUUAUUACUGUAGUUGUUGUUUUGUUUGUCCUGUUAUAUUUACUAGUAAAGGAACAUUAUUCCUUUCCCCAUA